CAGCCUAUCGAAUGUAAUUUCAAACUGUAACGCCUUGGAAUAAUGUUCCUAAAAAAUCAGGCGACCAACUCGAAAACUUGCGUGUUCGAUACUUCAAUGUACUGAAGGGAAAAGUUAUUUCAUUUAUAAACACGACUGCCCGCUAAAUAACUUUGGAGUUUCAUUGAAAAAUCGAAGAGUUUACUACACGAACUGAACAGUAUUGAAUUCGGUCACAGUCAUAUUCGAGAUUACAAAUAGUUUUAAUAAUGGCUGUAUCUUCUGAAGACAUGAUGAGUCGCAGUCUCAAUGAUCCUGUAACUAAAGCAGUAGUAGAUAAUAUAAUGGGUAAUUUACCUACAAAAAAACCUUUUGUUCGCUGCAAUGAUUGUGACCUUUCAUUUACAAGCCAAACAGUAUUAGACACGCAUUUACAAGGUGCUCGCCAUGCUAAACAGAUUAGAUCCAAAAAUAUAAUGGCAUCGCUCGAAGAAACAAAAGUAGCAUUUACAAAGGACGAGGAAACGAAUGGACUAAAAUGCAAUGUGUGUAAUGUGUGUCUAAAUUCUAUACAACAACUUCAAACACAUUUGAACGGAAUCAGGCAUAAAAAGAAAACAAUGAGAGGUGGGUGGGGUGGCAAAGAAGUUGGCAGUCCAGUGGCAUCAGCCCCCAUGAAUAUCCAGGAGAACUCUACUUCUAAAGGUGUAUCACUGUCAUGCAACAUGUGCAACAAGAUCUUUAAUUCCCCGGCACAAUAUAAUGUGCAUAUAACGUCAAAGAAACAUACUAGUAAGUUAAAGCAAGCAAAGAUUCAAAAAAAGAAAAGAUUCUUUCCAUAUUGGAAAAAGCCUAAAACUGGUGUAAAUUCGAAAAACCUUGUUCAAUCAUUAUCGAACAACUUUGUACCUGGAGGUUUCACGAAUCAGACAUAGGAGAAAAUGUGAGAGAAUUAAUAUGUCUAUUUUAAUACAUACAUUAAUCAUUCGGAUGUACAUGUUUUAUUUUUUAAAUAACGGAAUUUAAUUUGAAAAUUCUAUCGCCAGAUCGACUCGAUUUUGAGUUUAAAAAGAAAA